AUGACUGAUCUGCUGCUCGGAGCCGUGCUGCUGGGGAACCUGUGCGUCUGGGUCACCGCUCAAGCUCCAGCGAUGCUCGCUCCACCCACCCUGGUGAGGUUUGACUCUGUGGACUACAAGAACAUCGUGAACUGGACUCCACCAACCAACAGAAAAUCACUGCACUUCUCCGUCCAGUGGAAGAUUUAUGGCGAGCCUGAGUGGUUGGACGUGGACGGCUGUCAGAGGAUCCAGAGGACGCGGUGUGACCUCAGUGUCGUGACCUCCGACCCCAGAGAGUGGUAUUACGCCAGAGUGCACGCUUCCUCCCUUCCCUCCAGCAAAUCUGCCUGGGCCCUCUCCCGGAGGUUCAGCCCGCGCUGGGACACCAAAAUCAGCCCUCCUGUGUUGAGGCUGAACCUCACAGAGCAAGGGAUUGUGGUCCGUGUGAAGCCCCCCAGGCAGCUGGUCCGUAAGAUGCACAGCAGCCUGCACUACGAGAUCUACCUCCUUGACACCAGUGGGCAGGAGGAGGUGUAUACGCUCGAUUGCUGCUCCAAAAAGCUGAGUCUGGAGAAGCUGACGCACAAGGAGAAAUACUGCCUGCAAGCCCAGACGCUGAUCCCCCGGCAGGCCAAGAGAAGCGCGCGCAGCCCUGUCCAAUGCGUCACUACGCUCUGAUCCCACGGACAAACCAAAGCUGGACUUUUCCUCCGUGAGUCCGGCUUUAACUAUCCUUCGCUACCUCGACGACCAGCAGCCAGACAUGAUGCCAG